CACAGAUCUCAGCACUCGGUACGACCAUGAAAAUCGAUAGACUUCACCGAUUGAAGAUGCGUAUGUAUACGCCAUAGUGACGUCACGGAGAAGUGUAGAACAGGAGUGUUUAUUAUGAGAAGUGGCAUACCGGCGUCGGCGUCAAUCUAGCGUUUCCCGACGAAGUUCAGCUACCUAGAGAUUUGCAUAGUGUGCGUGUCAAAACUUUAGAAGAUACGUUUCCUGGGUGUUGUGUAGUUCUGUGAGAGAUGCCAAACUAGUUUUAUUUUUGUUAAGAAAUGGGCGAUAAUUGGAACUUCCUUAGAAGGGCUUUCGUUGUUGACGAUAUUCCAGAAGACUUCGAUCCUUCUGCAGACCCAGUAGAUGGGGUGCAUUAUUUGCAGCAGGUUCGUUGGGAAGCUUCGCAAUGUGCCCCCGUGGUGACUGCAGUUAUUGAUGAGGAGAAACGGAAGAUCAGAGGUGUUGUCAAUGUAUUGCCUGAGUGUGAGAAGGUCCCUUCACAAUUCUUGCCAGAUAUGGAAUGGCAACAGCUACAAGUUGCGCACUUUUCAGCAGUGAGAAAGAGAGUAUCAAAAUACAGGAACAAAGAUCCACCACAAACCAGCAAUACGCAAGAAAGUGUACCAGAAAUAGGCGACGAGAAAGCUUGUGCAACGCGGAAUGGUUAUCGAAUUCGGAACAACUGUCCAAGAAUCAAGGAAGGUGGGUGUAUGCUUUAAUGGCAUGCAUAGAUUCGCCACUCACUAGAGAAAGUUGCAGCAGCCUUCGCGCGAUAGCGCGAGAAUGUGCAAGAAUUCGUGCUUAUGAAGUAAGUCAUACCGAAGAGCCUGCAGUAACACCACUAAAUCUUUUCAUCUGUUUAGUUGCCAAAUACUUCCAGCAAUCGGAUCUUGCAGACGUAAUAAAUGAAUAAUAAUUUACUGUAAUUUGCACACGUUUCCAGAACUAAAAGUGAACUUCAGUGUAAAUAAAGAGGAAGAGUGUUAUUCAGACAAGGGUCUACAUGGCAAGUGAAGAUAUUUGUAAAUCGGAACGUUUUUCUAUUGGCGUGUAAUAAGGUGUACAGGUGCCAGUCAUAGUCAUAGUCGUUAGUGUUGAUUUGUUACGAAGCUAGCUGUACUAAAUUUUGAAAGGAAGCGCUCUGUGCAUUCGUUUAAAGUGCGAUCCCAACCGAGACAUAUGACAUUUGGAGUUGAGUACUGAUGAUUUGUUAAGGCAACAAAUUUAAACACUGAACUGUUUUACACCCCGUUUUAAAUGGCAAAUAUCAUUAUUAGUUUAGUCAGUCAUUGUAGAUAUUUUUCAAUAACUUGUUGUGAUCGUUUUUAUGUAAUGAGACAUAGUGGUUAAUGUAAUGUGCAAUGCAAUGCAUUUGAUCCAGUUUUAUCAUGACAAGAGAGUGCUUGAAUUUUAAAUCUUAAGGGACUCAGUAAAUGAAUACUAUCGUGUUUGCCAGUUCCCCUUGCAACCAUGUAUAUUAUUUUGUGCCCAGCAUAAUAUAGUGUCUUGUGAAAGGAAGUGAGCAGCUCUCUUAAUUUUCCAAAUUAAUAUGAGUUUGUCAGGGCAUUACUACAUACUAUUUUUGUUGGAUCACAGCAUUGGUAAUUAGAUAGAAAUACCAAUUAAUUUUAUGCUCACCACACUUCGUUUUAUAUAGAGCCCAUGUUAUUAAAUGGGUUCUGGGAACAAAGCAAAUUUUCAUUAUAAAUUUCAGGGAUACUGUUACUAUGACAGAUUGGUAUUUACUGUGCCACUUGACUCGUAAUAAAAUGUGUUGUAUGGCUGUUAACCAGGAACUGACAAAGUUGCUGCUGGCUGGAUGAAGCUCAGAUUGGUGCUGUGCCAGUUGCUGGUAUUUGGAGAUAGGUGUAUACGUGUCAUGACGUAAACUAAAUAGGAAGGAGAGAGAUAAAUGGGCUGGACUGAUAGCUAAAAAUAUAGGAGGUUGGGGCACUGUCACCAGUGAUAGAAUCCCUCUGAUUAUAGGUGUGAGAGGUUUAAAUACUUCAGUUAGACAGACUGCUGCAAAAGAGGUCCAGAUAAAUUGUCAUACUCAACAGUAACUGCACUGUUUUACAUCAUAAUGUAAAAUGGACAAAAAAGUUAAACUUUCUAUCUGUUAAAAUGAUUUAGAACGUCAAAAGGAAGGUGAUAUAUUAGAUUAUAUUACAUGUGUCUGGACACCAUCUAAAUACAGGAAUCUGUAUUGUAAACAUUGAAGACAAACAAUUAGCAAGCUAUUUUUGUUGGUAAAAUAUGGACAAAAGAGAAAUCAUAAUGUACAUAAAAUCAGGCUCAAAUAUAAUGGUAGCAGUGGUUUUUGGUUAGAUCAAAAAUUGGAAGCCCAUGCUUCUUAUUUGCUACUACCAGAAAAGUCAUUUAUAGUUGUUUAUUAGUUUCAUGUUCCAUGGAUCUUUUGCACAGUAAAUUUUAAUGAUGUGGGAUGAGUCAUUUUACAUUCACGUUGCAAAUUAACUUGUAAAUAUGGCUACAUGCUGAGCAUUUAUAAAGUUUUGUUUUAUUUAUUGAAAAAAAAUUCAGAGUUUGUAAUUUCUACCUGCCGCCUUUUAUACAUUACAACAGUAGACAUUCUUCUACAUAAUAGGAGUUGUUAAGGAGAAAUCUUUGAGUUUGUUUUAAACUUUUACUUGCUGUCUGUCAGGAAUUUUACAUCACUGCCUAAGUUAUAAAAAAAUUAUAAUUGCAGCAUUAUGCACCCCUUUUCGUGUUAAAGGCAACUUUUAUGUGGAGAAAUAAAUGUCAUUUUCCCUUCUGGUA